GCACAAGAUGGCGGCGGGCGCGAGGCGUGCUGGGAGUCGCAGUCUCCCGGAAUCCAUUUAGUACGGCGGGAAGCGGAAGCGCGGACUACAACUCCCGGCGUCCCCCGCGAGAGGCAGAGCGGGAGGCAGCCUAAGAUGGCGGCCGCGCGCGGUGCAUGCUGGGAGCGGUAGUCCCGCGCACAGCCCGCCGCCGUUCUGACAGCGGGAGCGGGAACUACAACUCCCAUCGCCCCGCCCCACCCCGCGUGCGGCCGCCGUUGGACCGGAAGUGGAGGCGGAGCCGCGUGGCGUCGCCUCGCGUCGCUUCGGGCGUUCGUGUGUGGCGGCCACUGCUGCAGCGCGGAGCGGAGCGGAGCGUUCGGUGCGUGGCGGAUAGCGGAGCGGAGGCCGAGAGGGGCGGCAGCGCGGUCGCCAUGUACAAUGGGAUCGGGCUGCCGACGCCGCGGGGCAGCGGCACCAACGGGUACGUGCAGCGCAACCUGUCGGCCCUGCGGCACAAGAGGGAGCGCGCCGAGCCCCGCGCCGACGAAGAGCUGCGCCGCGCCGACGCCGCCGCGCUGCCCAAGAGGCCCAACCGAGACAUCCUGGACCACGAACGGAAGCGCAAAGUCGAGCUGAAAUGCCUCGAGCUCUCCGAGCUCAUGGAGGAGCAGGGGUACACUGAGAGUGAGAUCCAGGAGAAGGUGGCGACGUUCCGCACCAUGCUGCUGGAGAGGGACGUGGUGCUGGGCAAGGAGGGGGAUGCGCCCGAGCAGCGCCCCACUGUGACAGAGACCCACCAGCUGGCGGAGGCGGCGGAGCAGAAGAACGAACGUCUGCGUGCAGCCUUUGGUAUCAGUGACACUUACGUGGAUGGCAGCGCCUUCGACCCCGCCCGCCGCAAGGAGGCCACCCCACAGAAAGCCCCCGAGGCCCCCCCGCCCCCCAGCGCGGCGGUGCCCCGUGCCUCCUCCAGCUCUCCAUCGCCGUCACCCAAGCAGAAGAAGAAGAAGAAGAAGAAAGACCGGGGACGGUCGGAGAGUCGCUCCGGUGAGCGCAAGAAGGCCAAGAAGAAGAAGCACAGUCGGAGUCGGAGGCCAAGAAGCGGAAGCACCGGUCUCCGAGCCCCAAAACCAAACACAAAUCCAAAGAGAAGAAGCGGAAGAGGUCCUCCCCGGAGGCGGCCGCCCCGAAGCCGCGCCGUGACCGCUCUUCCUCCCCCGGAGCCGCCUCCUCCUCCUCCUCGGGCUCCUCCCGCAGCAGGCGGAGCCGCAGCCGUCACCCCCCCCGCCAGCAGCCGCCCUCGGAGCCCCCGGAGCCGACGGCGCCCGUGAGCCCGGCUGCGGCCGAGCCCCCCCCGCAACGCGACGCCUCCGAACCCCCCCAACCCCGCAGCCCCUCCCCGUCUCCCCCCCCCAAACCCAAAGCCGCCCCUCUCAGCCCCCCUCCC